AUGGCGAGCUUUAACGAGUUUGGGUCUGGGAUGUUGGAUAAGAUCAACGCGAUGGUGUCGCAGACGGUGGACUUGGACGUCGUGGAGGUCGUGGAAGAGGACGUGUACGAACGACCGAAGCCGAAGUUUAAGGCGCCAGCGUUUGGAGGACGAAAGGAGCCCGUGGAGGCGCCGAAGGAGAAGAAGGAGCGCGCGGGAAGGGCGCCGUCGUUUGGUUUCGGCGGGCGCGUGAGUCGAAGCGUCGACGAGGAAAAGGUGGAGGAAGAGCCGAAGCCGAAGUCGAGUGGGUUCGGGGCGAUUCUAGAGCGGAGUGCGAGACGGCUGGAUAAGACGAGGGAGAUUUUAGACGAGGACGUGAAGAGGGGGGAGGCGGCGAGGAUGAAGUUGCGCGCGGGACGGGAAGGCGGUAAAGCCGUCGCGGCCAUCGCCGGGGACAGCCGUUUGGCUGCGGAUGGCACGUGGACGCUCACGUCGGUCGUGGAAGAAGGUACAAAUGGUAAGAAAUUACCUUCGUUGAAGAUCAAGCGCGGCGAGUCGAAAAUUAUCGGUCGUGCGAAGGGGCCUGGGGUGGACUUGGUCGUCCCGCUGCCGUGCGUCAGCACUGUGCACUGCGAACUCGAGACCGAGGGCAACAAGCUUUACAUCACCGAUCUCGGCUCGACGAACGGCACCUACGUAGAAGGUUUCGAGGUUAAGCAGAACAGGCGAUUCCGUAUCUUCAACGGCGCCCAAGUGCGACUCGGCGCCGAAAACUUCAACGGCGAGCCGUACGCCACGUUCAAGGCUUCGUUGUCGGGCGCCAAGGAGUUAGAGAAAGAUUCCGAGUACGGUCAGUUGAACUACUUUAUUGAGUUCUUGGGCGGUCCCCAAGUCGUGGUCAACUUCUUGUUCAUCAACUUUGCCUUCCAAAUGACCUUCUUCUUCAUCAUCACUUCGCAAUAG